AGCCAAGCUGCGCACACGCGGGCUGGCGGGUGCGCGCGAAACACGCCACCGCGGAACGGUUUGAAAAUCGAACGAAUUAUUUUUUUCUUUUGCUCACAUCUUUUUGUAUUUUGUGCCAGUGUCCUAGCCGAUUGAGAUACGAAGAUGAAACUUUUGCUUAUUCUCGCUCUCGCGCUGUGCGCUUACGCUGCAGAUGUGAAGGAGAAAGAAGAUAAGGCUGAGCCUACACAAAACAAGGACAAAAGACAAACACAAGACGAACUUGUGCAAGGUCUUGUUUACAGAUCACCGAGAAAACAGGAACAGGUCGCGCCAGUCGAAGAAAACCAAGAAGAAGAUAAAAAUAGAAGUGACGAGGAGUACCGCCCAGGGCAAGUGUUCUCGCUAAACGCCCAGGAGUUGUUGGAGCUGCAGCCAGAGAGGAAGGCGCCGCUGUCCAGCGACCAGCUCCUCCAGCAGAUAUACUCGCCCCAGCAGGAGCACAAGCAGAAUCUACAGCAGAAUCUACAGCAGCUCUACUACUUGGAGCCUCAGCCUCAAGUUGGACGUCAGGUCUCCCUCCAACCGUCCCACGCUGUCAUCGCCCGUCCCCACUACUCGUCCAACGGCGGUGAAGCGUCAGUGGGGGCUGCUCUCUCAGUCAGCGACACUGGGGCCAGUCCUCAGCCCUACGACCAGGAGUUACUGGCUCUGCUCCAAGUCAGGCCCGAGGAGCCUCGUCAGCAUCAGCAGACCUACUCGCAGCCGCAGCCUAUUCAGCAAACUUCAGCGCCUAAUCUUGCCUCUCAGCAACACCAGCAGAUUGACAGAUACCUUACCAAGCCGACCAAAAAGACCACGAAACUACGCAACAAGGCGCAGAUCACGCCACCUCAGUCGCCUACCGCACCGCAGCAGUACUUGAUCGAAACCACCAAUGUUCAGCAACAGCAAGCGCAGCCCAGUCACCAGCAAAUUCAACAACAGUACCGCCCCGUUCCUCAACAACAGAGACCAGUCCAGUCUCUCCGCUACGUGCCGAUUCCACAGCAGCAGACUCAACAAGUCUUAUACGAACGCCCUGAGCCACAAGGACUCAAAGUGAUCCCUGCCCCGAAACUUCAGCAGCAACCAAGACCCCAAAUCGCCUACAGAAUCGUACCACAAUACCAGCAACCUGAAGCCACACCAAAGCAGUACCGACUAAUCGAAGCUCCUCGUCAACAACCAGCCAAGCAAGAACAAAGAGCAUAUACCGCUGAAAGGCCAGUCACUUAUCUGAAACGUUACCCUGAACCAGAAAAGAUGAGGGCUGUGAAAAUCUACGAGCAAGUCGACUUGCCUUCACCGCCACAGCCCGCUCAAAUCCUUGGAGAACAGUACUACCUUCGUCCAGUGUACAGACAGCAACCUGAGCAGCGUGCCAGGUUUGAUGUCCCUGUGCCUUUGAGACAAGUCGAACAACGUCCCAUUGAAGCGACUAAAGCUCCAUCUUCUGCUAUUUACGUGAGCAAAAACGUAGCCCCUAAAAAACUCAGGCCUCAGCCUGUCAGGCAAGAACAGAAUGUGAAGAUUGAACAGCCAUCGAGGGAGCAGUAUUCUAGGGUAGAGCAGUCAGCACAUUACGAGCCUGUGAGCAUCGAGCAGCAUGGGCAGAGCAUCGAGGAACAGAGGGCGCAGCUGCCUCCUCCGAGAAAUAACAAGGCGUAUACUCCUGAGGAGUUCGCUGCCUUAGUAGCUGCGGGAUACUCCGUCACUCCCGUUCCUGUGAGUGCCCUAAAUUCCCACGGGGCUCAAUCUAGGUCCUUAUUAGAGCCCGUACCCACACAACUGACGAAAAGAAGACCAUUGUACCGACGACCCCAGUACCUCCCUAUAAGAGACGACGCGCCUUGAAAAUGAACCCUGUACAUAAAUUAGAAUUAUUUUUGUAAACUAAAGA